AUGAAGUUCCUCUUGAGCUUACUCUCACUGUGCUUAGCUGGCUGUUCAGCACUAGAAAUCAUAUAUGAGGGUUUUUUCUACACAGGACCAGAAGAACUAAAUUCUGUUCGAAUUAUAAAUGAAACUGUUUUUGGUCCAAAUGAUGAAGAAUACUAUUUAGAUGGUGUUGGAAGAUUUAUUAUUCAGAAUAAUACUGAUGGAAGUGUUCAUUAUGACUUAACUGAAUUAGCUCAAUCUGAAAACCUUGAUAUGGAAUUAGCAUUGGGGACUUAUUUAAUUAGAGCUGCUGCUGGAGGUGCUGGUGGAUUAAUUACUGCUAAAGUUUGGCCACCAAGACAAACUGAAGAUGAAAUUGAGGAAUCAAAAUAA